GUUUAGGGUUUUGCAGGUUAAAGCGUUUUCUCUGUCUCUCCCUCGCUCAAGAUUGCAGUUUUUGGAAUUUAUUCGUCGUGCUGUGGAAGGGGGAAUCUCAGAGGCGGAUAGUCAGAGAUGUUGGACAUCAAUUUGUUCAGGGAAGAGAAGGGCAACAAUCCUGAAAUCAUUCGCGAGUCUCAACGCCGCCGAUUUGCCAGCGUUGAACUCGUUGAUGAAGUAAUUAAGCUUGACAAGGAAUGGCGUCAACGCCAAUUUGAGCUUGAGAAUCUCAGGAAGGAGUUCAAUAAGAUUAACAAGCAAAUUGCUCAGCUCAGAAUAGCUGGUGAGGAUGCGUCGGAGAAGAUUAAAGACACUGAAGAAAACAAAAAGUUGUCUGCAGAGAAAGACGUUGAAGCUAAGGACGUGUUAAAACAGUUGAAUUCAAAAUUGGAAAUAAUUGGAAACCUUGUGCACGAUUCCGUUCCCGUCAGCAAUGAUGAGGCUAAUAAUGCUGUAAUCAGAUCGUGGGGUGAGAAACUGGUAAAACCAAAACUAAAGAAUCAUGUUGAUCUUGUUGAGCUUCUUGGAAUUGCAGAUAGCAAAAAAGGUUCUGAAAUAGCAGGUGGUAGAGGCUACUACCUCAAAGGAGAUGGUGUGCGUUUGAACCAAGCUUUGAUCAAUUAUGGCCUCGACUUUUUAGAGAAAAGGGGUUACACAGCAAUGCAGACUCCUUUCUUCAUGAGAAAAGAUAUCAUGGCUAGAUGUGCUCAACUAGCACAAUUUGAUGAAGAACUUUAUAAAGUUACUGGUGAGGGGGAUGAUAAGUAUCUAAUUGCCACUGCUGAACAACCAAUUUGUUCAUAUCAUCUUGAAGAUUGGAUUCAUCCUUCCCAGUUGCCUAUAAGAUAUGCUGGGUAUUCAACUUGCUUCCGCAAAGAAGCGGGUUCCCAUGGUCGAGAUACUCUUGGAAUUUUCCGAGUCCACCAAUUCGAGAAAAUAGAGCAAUUUUGUGUCACCAGCCCAAAUGGCAAUGAUUCGUGGGACAUGCAUGAAGAGAUGAUUAAGAAUUCUGAGGACUUCUACAAGACGUUAAAUCUCCCAUACCAAGUUGUGGCUAUAGUUUCUGGUGCAUUAAAUGAUGCGGCUGCCAAGAAAUACGAUCUGGAAGCAUGGUUUCCUGCAUCCCAUACUUACAGGGAGUUAGUAUCCUGUUCAAAUUGCACUGAUUAUCAGUCCAGAAGAUUAGAGACCCGAUUUGGUCAGAAAAAGAGCAACGAGCAGACAAAGCAAUAUGUGCACAUGCUGAAUUCCACGCUCACAGCAACAGAAAGGACUUUGUGCUGCAUUCUUGAGAACUACCAGAAAGAAGAUGGGGUGGAAAUACCAGAAGUUCUACAACCAUUUAUGGGUGGAAAAACUUUUAUGCCCUUCAAGGCGAAACCAACAACAAGCGAUGCCAAAGGGAAGAAAUCGAAGGCCUGAUUGCAUAAUUUUCUUCUCUCCCAUUUGAUUUAUAAAAUUUCUGACUCAAGGAAAGGAUAUAUUACUCACAGUAUUGUUGGAACUUCAAAUUAUCUUUUUGGUGGGUAUGAAGUUAUCACGACACUAGUAACAGAUGGCUGUUCUUAUUUAUAUGCUUCAAUUGUGGGUACUCUCUCUAUAAAAGAGUUAGAUUGAAUUUUCUGAUUUAGAGAAGCUUGGCAUUCGUUUCUGAGA